AUAGAGCGAGACCGGACGUUAGAGAGAACGAGGCAGACUCGUUCGCGUUCCGCCGAGGUGGUGCAGUUUUCCAGUGUCGCGUAGAGUGUAGUGUUUUUCUUCCUUUCCCCCGUUUCUGAGCAUCGAGUGUUGUGUGCGUCGGUGAAGCGAAACCAGACCCCAUCCCCGAUGAUUAAGGAGUGCAUUUAGUGCAAGGACUGAACAUACCUGGGAUCGUUUGGAAAGCACGUCCCGCAAGAGCCCUCCAGCCAAAAUCACUCGCCUAACCUCUUCCCUGCCCACCUUAUCCUGCCUCAUAUCCUUCCCCUCCCCCGCAAGUAUCAAGAAGACCCUUCCUUCUCAAUCAAAGGAUCUGUGACUUCAUUAUGGACAGUAUGGAUUCCAAACCAGUCCUGAACGAUGACCCCUCAGUUACCCUGACCAUCCGCCUGAUUAUGCAGGGCAAGGAGGUCGGAAGUAUCAUUGGGAAGAAAGGAGAGAUCGUGAAGAGGUUCCGGGAAGAGUCGGGCGCGAAGAUCAACAUCUCGGACGGUUCCUGUCCAGAGCGAAUAGUGACUGUGACCGGGCCAACAAAUUCGAUCUUCAAAGCGUUCACGUUGAUAUGCAAGAAAUUCGAGGAAUGGUGUUCGCAGUUCCACGACAUCCAGAGCGGAGGCGGUGUACCGAGGCCGCCAAUUACACUCAGGUUGAUCGUACCGGCUUCUCAAUGCGGUUCCCUCAUCGGCAAGGGUGGCUCGAAGAUCAAGGAGAUACGAGAAGUGACCGGUGCCUCGAUUCAGGUCGCAUCAGAGAUGCUGCCCAAUUCGACGGAACGUGCGGUAACCAUAUCAGGCACCAGCGAGGCCAUUACGCAGUGCAUAUAUCACAUCUGCUGUGUUAUGCUAGAGUCCCCUCCUAAAGGUGCCACGAUCCCUUAUCGCCCCAAACCCCAAGUUGGUGGGCCAUUGAUCCUGGCUGGUGGGCAAGCCUACACCAUCCAGGGUAAUUACGCGGUGCCCGCCCACUCGGACAUGGGCAAACUUGGUAGCAAUCCAUUGGCUGGGCUAGCAGCUUUGGGCCUGGGAGGCCUCGCCACACCUGCCAACACCGGUGGAUUAAACCCAGCAGCACUGGCAGCACUGGCUGGUAGCCAGUUACGCACCAGCAACACGAACAGGCAACAACCAGCGGCGAACAAUCAGACACACGAGAUGACAGUGCCAAACGAGCUGAUCGGUUGUAUCAUCGGCAAAGGUGGUACCAAGAUAGCCGAGAUCCGUCAGAUCUCUGGCGCCAUGAUCCGGAUCAGUAAUUGCGAGGAGAGGGAGGGCGGAGCCACGGAUCGUACGAUCACCAUAACCGGAAAUCCGGACGCUGUGGCACUGGCACAGUAUCUCAUCAGCAUGAGGAUAUCGCAGGAAACGUCGGGAAUCCCGAUAUCUACGUACUUCAUCCCGCCGGACCACAUCGUUAAGUCGCCGAUCCACUAAAAGUGGUGAGACAGACAAACAAAAAAUAAAAAAAAAAAGAAAGAAAGAAAGCAACAACAAACGUAUGUCGUUGUCGUCGUCGAGAAAGAAAAUAAGAAAAAACGAAAGAAAAAAGAAGGACGCGGGGCGUCACGACGCACGCGAAGCUGUCGAAUGGCAUCUGGGGCUGGGCCACGCACUGUGUUCAACCAGCUUGCUAAUCAACACACAUACACGAAAACACUCACACAAUUUAAAAAAAAAAAAAAUACACACAACCUGAGAGCAACAACAAGAACAACAUUUUAUUAGAAUCAGAAACAAAAAAUAAAAGGGGAGAGGGAGACCGUGUACACAUUUACACACACUUGGACAUUGUUAUAAAUGGUCGGAGAAAGGAGGUACACGUGGAGGUAUGUAAGGAUAAUUGUGCGCGCGCUCUCGACAAAGGAAUUACAGAUGUGUAAAUAAAUUAUAACGAGGCGAGAAACGCAGAGGAUAUGAAAAGAAAUGGGAAACAGGUAAACGGAGCACACGCUUUGAAUAGAGAGACACGCCGAGUAGAGACGAAGAAGGCACGCACGCGCGUACACGGAUACAUACAUUUUUUGAGUGUACAAAGCUGUACAAAAAAAUAAGAAAAAAACAAAAAAGAUAUUUAAACGAACAAAAGAAAGAAAAAAAAAAUGAAGAAAAGAACAAAAAAAAAACAUGAAUAAUAAUAAACAGUGUAAUAAGAUACAUAAACGAUGCACGCCGCAGCACGUGCGGGCGCACGCACGGUGGCUGCUGCCGAUUGGUAAAGGGAACAAGCCAAAGAUACGUUAGUUUUCAUUUUUAUAUUUAAAACGAGAGAGAAACAAAAAAAGAAAAUGAGAAUUACGAGACGGGAGAGAAAUACGAGAGUACUAUUAUAAUUAAUUAUUAUAAUCGUAUCGAGUGUGUGAACAAGGACGCUGAAUAUUAUACAAUAUUGAUAUUAAUUAGGGGGCCGGUUCGUUAGCGAUUUUUCUAUCGAUGGUGUUCCGACACGUUCGACGUCCACGAUCUUAUCUUCUUUUUUUCUCAUUCUCAGACGGGAAAAGCGUCGGAGAGUAUAUUUAUGAUAAUUUUUGAAAAUUUUAAUUCGUGUUAAUUUUUUUUAAUUCUUUUAUGAUAGAAAUUGGACAGUGAUAGUGAUAUUUGUAAAUAUUUAUUUAUUUUAAAAGUCUAAAAAGUAUUCUGUUGUGAUAGUAGUAAGAUUCUAUUUAUUAAUUUUCUCGUGAAAGUAAUUUGUUCGAUUCGUUGUUAAAUUGAAUGAUAAAGCAGACGCGGGAGGAGAAAGUUGCGGUAUUGAAUUUGAAAGUGAAAACUAUGAAUAAUGAUUGUAGUUGAAAUAGUAUUGACUGACGUUUAGUAGUAAACAAGUAAUUGAAAUUGGGUAUUUUAAUGAUAGUGAAAGUAAGAUUGAAACAUUGAUGAUGUCUUCAAGAAUCUUCGUUUAUGUUUCUUUUGUUAUCUAUUUUUUAUUGUUACGUUUUGAAAUUGAAUUGAUGGAUUUCUCUUGUACGAGGAAAUGAUUUUAAAUGAUUUUUUUUCCAGGAGAAUACCAGCGAGAGGAAGUUGAUAAAACAUCUUGCAGGGUAUGAAAAAUAUUUAUUAUGCAUAGCAUUUUUUUUGCAUAGCAAUCGAUAGAUUAAAACUUUUUACAAACGCGAAGAAGUUUGCUGAGAAUUUUUUACCUUGUGUUAAACAAGAAAAAAUUAUUUAAUAAUCUUUCAGGUAUAAAAUUCAGGAAGAAAGGAUCUAUCAUCGUAUAACAAACGAUAGAUCUUUUCUGUCCCUCUGUAUUUUAUUUUAUCAAAAGAAAUAUUUAGUUUGUUGAAUUGCAAAUAUUUUGCAAAGAUCGACGCUUUUACACCGUUCAACGAAUUUCCCAGAGAAUUCGUUCGAUUCGCUUAUGAUCGAGAAUCGAAGAUCGAUCGUGGACUCGCGAUCGUGCGCACGGAACACCGAGGGAAAGUAACAAUUAACCGCGCGCGGUAAUUAAACACGUAGUUCCGUAGUUUUUUGCAUGCGAGACUCGAUUUCACCGAAAUUAACGCUGAACAAGGGGAGAUAAGGUUUUCGUUUUCUUUUUUCCUUUCUUCCUUUCGUCGGAAAGUGUUGUUCCGCUCGCGUGUCGGAGCGGAGAAGCGAGCUGAUCAGCGCGUACCAGCGUCCGCUCGUUCGUUUUUAUUCGAAAAACGAUGGAGAGGUCGCUGGAACGCCUCUCCUGUUGGAGGAACAAAUGAAAUUAUUACAUGGAAUAUAAAUAACGAUAUAUUAUAUAUACACAUAUAAUAUAUAUAUAUAUUUAUUAUACGAUUAAAAUGAAAAAGGAAAAAACAAUUAGAGGAGAUUAAAUUAGCGAUGAUAAAAAAAAGAAAAUACAGGUGCGAGCUCAAAAAGCAUUAUGCUUCAAUAUGGAGGCGUACUCUUCUUCUUCUUCUUCUUCUUCUUCUUCUUCAUCUCUUCACCCUUGUCCGCUGUUCUUCCAUCAUUAGGUAUCACUUCCGGUUUAUGGAAUGUUAGGAAACAAUACUUGUUUCGAUCACAGGCGAGCUAUUGAACGCGUUGCAGGGUAGAUUCAGUGUCUUCGAAGAUAAAAAAAGAAAAAUUUGAUUUUUUAAUAUAUUGAUUAUCAUUAGAUGAUCGGUGUCAUUGAUUUAAUAUUGGAGCAAGUAUACUGAGAUAGCGUUCAUUUAAAUUUUAAUCUUCGUUGUAGCAAUCAUUGUGUUAAAUCAUUAAUUUAUGAUCUUUCAUUCGAAUCAUUUUAAUUAUAGCUCGAAUACAUGUAAAUUUCGUUCGAAGAAUUCUGGUUAGCCAGACUUCCGGUCUGUGCCAAAGAAAUUUCGAGGAAACCGUGCUUCCUGCAAACCUCAUCUUAAUUCCAUACAACUUCAUGUUUCUUUCACUGAAUUAUUUAUUAUUUAAAAAAGAAAAAUAGUCGAGGAAUGUGAGAAAGGUGUGCAAUACGAUGUCGUUGCGUUUCUGUGAUCGACGUUUAAUUUCGCCCUCGACAAAACCCCUUCGAUCGCUCAAAAUUAUUUCACCCCCCUCCCCAGUCUUUCGUGAUUCGACACUGUAAAUAAUAUUAAACGCGUUUCUCGUUGUAAAUAUUUAUUGAUUUCGUUGGAGCGACGUCGCUUCAUCGUCGAUCGAACGAACGUUUCUAUUUAUUCAGCGUUUUUUAACGCUAACUUUAUUUGUAUCUCUUUUUUUUUUUUCUUAAAUUAAUUCGUUUGCUCAAUCGAGCCGAAAGUUGAAAACUCUAUUCGAAAUGUAGGAACUUAAGUUUCUGUUCCUAUGCACACGGUGUUCCAGAUAUUUUCUAUAAAAUAGGUGAAUUUAUUCUCCAGAUAAAAAUAAAAAAAAAUGAAUAUUAUAUAAAACUUAAAUUUAUUAUAUUUCAUAUAUUCAAUAAUUUUCCAAUUUUCAUAUAAUAUUAUUAUUUUCAUCUUCAGAGUAUAGUCACAAAUUUUAACAGGAAAGAAUCUAGACACCUUGUAUGUUUUUUUUUUUAAAUGUGUUUCUAUUUUUUAUCGUACCGAACGUUUGUUCUGUCAUUGUUCUUUUUUAUACGCUAAGUUAAGAGACGUAACUUAUUUAAUUCGUACUGUUAUUUCUAUUUAUCCGUUGUUAUCGUUUCACGGUUUGCGACGAUGAAAAGAUUUCAUCAUUGGCGUUUUUCGACGAAGCAUUUCUCUCUUUUCUCACCACACACACACACACAGACACACGAGACACAUUUAUACACAGAUGUACACAGAAUAUUGUCCUCCCCCGCCGAUGGAUCUUCUCGUUGUUGUCCCUCUUCGUGUCUUCAGAAUUGCAUCACGUAUCUCUUCGCGUUCCGCUUCUUCGUCCGCAAACCUUUUCGCCCUUCCGCUCUCUAUCGAGAAACCGAUAACGACGUACCCGUAAAACGCUUCGAGGAGAAAGAACGAUAGAGAAAUUAAGAGAGAUAAGAGGAAAAAUAAACAGACACAGACGAGCGAGAAAGAAAGUAGCCUCUGCUGAAGGAAAAAAAGAAAAAAAGCAAGUAGCCCAUGGAAGAACGAAAAAAAAAAUACGAUAGAAUCCACAGGCAAGCUAUGAAAAAUAACAAAAAAAAAAAAGUUAAAUAAUUGAGAGAGAUGCUGUAUGAUUGUGUAUAUCAACAAUAAAUAAUUGCUGUGAUUAGAAAUCGAUUAUUAGUAAGUAGUUAAGGACGAUUUUUAUGGCAGACAGAAAAACACAGAGGUCGCAGAGGAAAAGAAAGAUUAAGAUGCACGUGCUUCGCAAGGUACCCUUUUUUUGGUUUAAAUAAAAAAAGGGACCAUCGUAAUCGGCUAUGUUGCAUGAGAGUGCGAUUGUAAUGCGCGUGUUUGUGUGAGAAAUAAAAUUGUGCUAUGCUUGAGAGUGCGACAGAGAAAGCUUUAGAAUGCUCUUUUUCAUUUUCUUGAAUUUUCAUUUUUUAUUUUUCCGAAACGCGUGGUCGAAUUUGAAUUUUGUGGAUGUCAAAAUCGAUCCACGCGUUUGUACACGUAAUCGUAAUUCUUCUCCCUCGACUUAUAUUUUCAUUUGAAAGAAUUAUUGAACACUGAAUGAACGUGAUUUUAUUUGUUAAAAUUAAGUUAGAUCGGUGGUUAGGUGUUAGAAGAAUUUAGGGUAUGCUACGCGAUGGAAGAUCGGACCAAAUUUGUGUAUUUUUUCAUUGCAAUUGUGCCAAAAGAAAAUUAGUACUACAAUCGUGGGUGUACUUUAAGUGUUAGUAGUAUUUUUUAUAGAGAUCGGUUUUUAAACGUGGCUAGGAUUUUAUAUAAGACUAUAAGGAGGAAAGCUCCUUAAAUUUCAGAACUGUUUAAAACAAUCAUUGUAAGUAACGUUAAGAUUAAUAUUCACCAGUGUUACUUUGAACAAAAAUUAUAAUCCGUUCAACGAGUCAGGAUAUGUUUACAAAUUCGCGCGCUCAACGCAGAGCUGAGGCUCAGUUGUUCCAUGUUCUUCAAGAAUAUCGGUCGAGGUUUGUGUACUGCGAGCCGAGCCUGCUUCGAGCACGUGAAUUUCUAUGCAUUUAAUGUCUCGUUUCGUCGGAUGGAAUAUAGGUACGUAGAAUCUUCCGAGUCGAGGGAGAAGGGUUAAAUUCCCAGUGAUUUUUUAUCAUCGAAUCGAACGGAGAACGGUGGUCAUUGAUUAUUCAAUUUCUUCGUACUCAAUCGCAGUGUCUAUAUUCUUGGAUUCGUCGAAUGACAUUGUCCACCGUGUUCCAGUCGAAAAUAAUCAUCAUCGUAAUUUAAAUCUCGCGAUCAUUUCCUCGUUGAAUCAUCAAUUAACCCAUGGAUUUGCUCUCAGAUGAUUAGAAAUGAUCGCGAGAGUGAUGUACUCCAGAUGCAUAUCCGCUGACACAUAUGACUAGAUUACGAACUAAUUAAUCUCUCUUCUGCUCCGAUAAUAAGCUCAUAUUUAUUCGGACAUCUGUAUCUCGUAGUAUACCUUCGAGUCGACUCUUCGUAGCGUUUAGUAGCCUCUAAGAUCAUCAUCUACCCAGUGUAAUUUCGUAUUCAUGAUGAAGAGGUGCCACGUUUAGAGGGAUCGAUUGAACAAUGGGAUCCUAUGUACAUAGGAACAUGCGUGUGUUCAGGAGGUAUCCAGAGGUGCCAUAUACGUUUUAUUAAUGCUUCUUUUGUACCAGAAUUUGGAGAGGGGAUGGACAUGGAUUUUGAUGAGGAUCCAUGAAUAAAAACGUAGAGAAGAAGAGGAUUGGAAAUGACCAUAAGUUUCAUUUUAAUUAAUAUAUUAAUUCCCUGCCACACGAUUGUCAAAUUUUUAUGGCAGGGAACUUGUUAAUAAUAAAUUAAAUUUUGACACAUCCACGUCCAUUUCCACCCCAUAAAAAAGAUACAGAAAUGUAAAGAGAAAAUGCAAGAAAUAAAACACCAUGGCAUCUCUAUGGGUAUCCAACAUCACUCAGAGUGUCCCUCGAAGUUCUGGAAGAAGUUGGACCAUCUCGACGUUACUCUUCGUGGUUCUUCAACGAGAAAUGAGAGAAAUGUGAGAGGAUCGUCGAUUUGGAUACACGGUUCAACCCCUUCCCGUGAUUGUUCACGAACAGUAGCGACGUGUACGAGUAGUUUGAAGAAACUCGAAAGGUGCCCAUUUAUACCCCACAAAGGUCAGUCGUUUUGAUCAAUUUGAUCCUUCUCACUAAUCUUAUCUAUACGUAUUUGUCUCGUCAUUUGCCCUCGAACGAAUUUAUUUAAAGGAAAAGCGAAAAUGUUUAAUAGGAACAUGAUCGUAUCGUUGUGGCGUAGAGCAAUCUGUUAGUGCAGGGGCCUUAUCCUUACUGCGCGGGUACUGAUUUGAAUUCCUUGUGAUUCAUGCGACACAUGUGGGUUCCAUCGUUGAAAAUUUUUCCUAAUUUCUGGGAUACGCGUCGAUUGGUACAAUUAAGGGAUUAUAAAAGUACAAAAUUAUUUAUUUAACCGGGAUAUAGUUUUAGGAUGUAGAAAAGUGAUAAAUUUAGCGAUAGGAGAAAUAUUUUAGUAUAUUUUGUUUUUUAUAAAAAUAUUCUUUCGUUUUAAGGUUCUCGGGGUAAUUAAAAUCGUUCUCAAUAAUAAAUUCCCUGAUUCGUGCAAUAAAAUCUAAUAUUGAUACAAUUAAUUUACAUAUCAUGAAACGUAAGGGAUACCCAUAAGUUUUGCUCAAAUUAGAAGUAGUAUCGAGAGUAAUAAUAAAUCGUUUGCAUAUAUUUUAUUAACGAUAGAAGAAUUAUUUUAAUUUUCGAACGAAUUUAAAUGGAAUCCACGCGUGUCACUUUCAGAAGUGAAUCCGAUCAGUCGCCCAAACCUUACCGUAACGCAAGGCAAUCAGCUAAGAAAUAACUUAGUUUUUAUAGGAUAUUGAAGCACACGCGUUCUACAUACGGCGAGUUACAGAGUAAAGGGUUGAAAACCUUGGAAUUUUCUCGCCUGAAGGGCGCGUGAAGAAAAGACUCGAGCGCGAUCGGGGCUGCGGCCCAAGAUUUUUCAAACGUCAUAUUUUUCUGUAACGAUUAAACGAGAAAGAGAUUAGAGAAAUGCGAGAAACCGAGGAGAAACUCGAGUACCCGAUGAAAAUACGGUACCAUGCUUGAGAUUAUAAUCGAGUCGCAGAGAGUGUCAUUGUUUUCCUUCUUUCUUUUAAUAUGUGUGUGCCAAAUGAACGAAAAAAAGAAAAGGAGAGAAUAAUAUAUUGAGGGUGAAUGGCUCAAAGCCGUGUGCCAAGCUUGGAGAAAAAAAAAUCGUGGACUGAUUAAAUAUCUGUGCCAAAUCGUCGUUACACACCCAUAAUGAUGCAAUUGUUUCUCGAAUAAUGUUUUUUCCAUCUCUGCCUGUCGAUUUUUUCCAAUUUAAUUUUUAUUACAGCCUUCGAGUACUUUAUACCAAUUAUUUUAUUUCAUAAUUUAACACGUUCAGUGUUACCAUUCGAUAAAAGAUUAAUUAUUUUGAUUCCAGUAAAUUGCUUUCGCCAUGAAACGAUGGGAAACAAAUCGGCAUUGAGUGGGAAAAAAAUUAUUAGGUUGCAACGUGUAAAAUGUGUUUCAUCAAUAUUUAUUUUCAUUCGUGAAAUUGUUGAACUUGUGCUAAAUAAUCUUACCCUUUAAUCAUCCCAAGUCUUCCGUUUUAAUUUUCAAGGUUGAUUAAUUACCUGACUAUAGAGUCUUCCUUAGAAAAUUAACAAUGGACAUUUCAUUCGUUGCAACCAUUUAAGCAGAAGAAAAAUGAAUCGUGCGAAGAUUUCUGCAACAGGGAUUAUAUAUAAAAAGCUUUAAUUUUUUGCAUUAAUCUGCGAUCCAAUUAAGUAGAUCGUUAUCAGAAAAGCAGGAUUUGAUGUGCUUCAUCCCCUUGAUGCGAGCUCCAUCCCCUUUUCGUUCAUCCUAUACAUCUUCUUCGUCUUAAAUCAUUCUUAAAAUGAUCCAUGAUCGAUCUCGAACGAAGAGACAAGUCUGAUUAAUAAUUAAAAAUCGUGCUCUAUUGCAUAUCAUUGCUUUAGAAGAAUAAAAAAAAGCUUGCUAGCUUAGAAAUUUCUGAAUCAGAGUGUAUUUUAUACGAUGAAAAUUUCUGAAAUUAUUUUGAAAUGUAUAUUCUAUAAAUCUUCAUAUCGUAAUUAUAGCUACUUAGAAAAUAUAAAAAUUCUUAAUGAAUCCUUUCUAAAAUUGAAAAGUUAUCGAAGAACGUCAUCGUGGAUCAUUUAAAUAAAUUAACAUUAUUGCACUAAUUUUGAUCUUGCAUGCUUUGAUAAAUCAUUCGAUGCCAUCGAGACGAAGAAGAACCGCACGAAAAUGAGAAUAAACGCGUGAAGAGACACGUAUAUACACACGAUACAUCAUCAUCAUCUUCCUCUGUUUCUUUUGCACCGCCCUCGCAUAUACACGUGCAGCUGUACCUUCUCUUCCGAACCCUUUUCAUUUUUCAAAUCUUCCUCGGCCGGUAUCCACUUAUGUUAGAAAGCCUUUACGAAAACAGGGUCAUAAAUACUUACGUGUAAUACGAGUAUUUUAAAUUUUUAACUCGCGGUUAACGAAAAACAAACGGAGUAAAAGAAUAAAUUUAAAAAAAAGAGAAAAAAAUGUAAAAGAGAAGCAAAGAACGCGCGUGAGACAAAGAGCAAGCGUGUUUUAGUGUGCAAUGUAAAAGCGGAGAGCAAAGUGAGAGAGAGAGAGAGAGAGAGAGAGAGCAAAUUUUUACAAAAAGUGAAAAAAUAAAAAAUAGAAAGAGCGAUGUAGUAUUGUGAAAUGGAUUGCGUUAAAAAGAAACGUCGCGACUGCGUCUUUCAUAAAAGCGUUUCGUCGGCUAAAGGAGCGAAACGUCGCUUUUUAUAACAAACAAAAAAAACAACGUGUUGCGAUGAGGUAUAUAUAUGUAUAUAUGUAUGUAUUUGUGCAUAUGAAAUUGCAUUCUGCAUCGCAGGUGUUAUCACCGUACUUGACCGCGAUAUCGAUGAGAAUUGAUUAUAGUGACGAUCCAUAAACGCGUUUUACUGUUUUAAAGCUCUCUAUCGCCUUCUUAAAUUAAUUGUUUUUUUUUUUUUUUAUAGUACAUUUUUUUAUCGAAAGCGAUGCGAGUAGGGUGCUGCGGUAUACAUAUAGGAAGCAGCAAUUUUGAAAUAAGGAAGCUUAGAGAAAAUAAAUAGCGACGCGGCAUACUUGAAAUUAUUUUUAAUAAAAUGAUAAACUGAGCUUAGAGGGAAAGGUACGACGGCAUAUUUGAAAUUUAUUUUUAUCAUCUGUGAUAGCCAAGUUUUUGGUUGUUUUAAACAUUUAACGUGGAGGCAAGUGAUUCCAGGGUAAAAUAUUCGAAACGAAAUAUACGUACAUUGGUGCACGUACCAUAGGGUACGGUGUUUCAAGGGAAAGCAUCCUUUGGGAAUAUAAAGAUAACGCGAGCAAGCAUGGGGGAUAAAUGAGGUAAAACACGGUGCAUACAGUGGCGGGGGGGAAAUGCAUGGUGUCCUGGAUACUAUCACCAGCCAUAAACUAAUGCUUAUCGAGCCAAUGAGUGCUUUUCUGUGGUGAAAGAGGGGAAAAAAAGGAAGUGAAGGUGAGAGUAAUUAAUGAGGCUAGAAUAAAAUUAGACACAGCUGGUGACACGUUUUCAAGACGCAUCAUUUUUAACCCGACACUGUACAUACAUAAGUAUAUAUAUAUACAUAUGGACAUACUUAUAUGUAUACAUAGAGUGGGUCAUUAAAAACAGACCUCGUAAUCACCUUCCCUAAUUAUAAUAAUAUAUAGAAAAAUCCAAUUUAAAUUUCGAUAUUUAAUUUAAUAGAAUAGAUGGCUUGAUUUGAUAGAAAAUUUUGAAAAAUAAUAAGAGAAACAUCUUCUUUAUAAAAUUUUCGAGAAACGUGAUUAGGUGGCCCGCUCUCUAUACACAUGUAGGUAUAUGUGUGUAUAUAAAAAACGAUAUACAAUUACUGUAAGCGUAUAAGAGAAUAUAAUUUAUGUAGCUGUAUUCUACGUCAUCAGUACAUAGUAGGACAGGCUUGCGAGUGUUCACAUGUGAUCGUCUCAGCCGGCGUGAGAGUGCUUUAAAUCUAGAGACUGCGUGAAUGAGAGAUGAUACAUAUAUAUAUAAAUAUUAAAAGAACAAAAUAUAUAUAUAAAAAGAAUAGAUAGUUACAGAAAGAGGGAGAGAGAAAGAGAGAGAAAGAGAAAUACACUAUACCUUGUAGCCGACGUUAACAUAUCUUUAAUCACGUUCGUUUAUAACAUCGUACACGAUUCAGUGAUGCUAAUUGUAGGAAGUUGUAUGGAUUAUUGGAGAACAGAUUCAUUAAGUAUUCAAUUAACAAAAAUGUAAAAUUAGAAAGAGGAGUGAAGGGGUUGGAGGGUUCCUAGAGGUCCUCCAUAGACUCCCUGGAUUUAAAAAAGAAAAUGUAAUAUCUUGUUGAAAUUUUGCACAGUACCCAAUUACAGUAGGGGUACGUUUAAUAUUUUUCAAAAUAUUAAUAUAAAUGGUAGAAGGCUCCUCUUUCUAUCCUUAUUAAUUGAUCGCAAGAUGAUCUGAAUCCUCCAAUAGUACUUGCAUUUUAAUCUUCAUCAAGACCAAUAACGAAAAAUCUGUUAAGGCACCACUGAAUCGUCGAUAUACGAUUUUAGGCGAGUCGUCGCGAAUAGCAAAAAGCGUGUAGCAGACCCCGUGAACGACACGCACAGACGACCCAGACCUGGCCCAAAGUCAGUCUACAUAUCAGACUUUAGUUAGCAUCAGGUCCCCUUUCCACGAGAUCCGCCAAAUUUUAGUCCGCGCUGCGAAUUUCUCAUGCGUUUCUUCGAUUCACGGCUCUGUCUUCGGGAUUCUUCGAGGAAUCUAGUCAGGGAUCAAGGUCUCUUUCCAAAGUAUCAGUGACAAUUCAGUCAUACAUAUCCGAUCGAGAUAGCUCAGAUAAAGAAUAAAACUGAGCAUACGUGUCGCUGUUACUUGAAUCGACGGACCUUUUACAGAUGAAUCCAUUCGACUCUCUUCACGGUAUCGUGCUCACCUUCUCCUGAAUGAUUUCGAGUCGACGAAAGUCAUUGCGCUCGUCUCAAAAUCAUCAGAUCUUCGGGAUCUCCUCCCUUUCCCUGAGAAUACAAGGUACAUCCUAGAUCUUAGCUACUAUUCGUAUCGUCAGUUACUCUGCUAAUCUAUUUACCGCUACCGACUGCAAUUGUAAUCCACCGUUAUUGUACCGCCCCUCCUGUUAUCAGCAAACAAGUUGACAAAGCUAUCGGUGACCCUUUGCUUGACCGUCUGGUUGAAUCAUUUAGGACGAGAGAGUUGAUUCUUCGAUUGGGACAUCGUUCCCUCUUCUCGUUGAAAGGUCAGAUCCGCACUUCUUCAACCCCUUCGUCUUCUUCUCUUGAUCCAUGUGUGCUGAGAGAAAAUGAUUAAUUAUUGUAGAUUUAUUAAAUUAAAAAUUUUUUAAUUUUGAUUCUUGAAGGGGGUUGUUUAAAUUCCAUUCUUUUAAAAUUUUAUUUUCCACUGUGAAAUUUUAAUUUCUUUUUUUAUUUUUAAAUGGUAUUUAAGGAGAUUUUAGAUUUUUCUCAGCACACCUUUGCCAGAAGGCAAUCUCUCGAAAGUCUUGAAAUCAUUAUUGGUAUCACUGUGAACGUGUUUCCUUUCAUCUUGCGAACCGAGCUUAGAAGCAAUGUUCUCUCAUAGCAAUCUGUGUUGUUACGUAUUGAUAUAAUGAUUUUACGUAAUUAUAAGUUGUUGAUUAGUUUGCUACACGUGGAAGAACGAAAAUUCGUCGUUGAAUGUUUGAAAGAGACUCGAGAACAAAUAUCCUAUUGAAUUAUCGUAAAUUCCAUUGAAUUUUAUUUCGAUCACGAUGAUUCUCGUUCUUCUAUCCUGUUUUUCGAUAAGCUUCGGUUGCUCAAAAAAUAAAUUAAACAAUUCCCUCUCCGCCACUACGGAGAAUGUUUCUAAUAAUCAUUUCGAAGAUCUUUAUUCGCAUUUUAUGAGACUCUUCGUUUCUCUUCGAUCGUUUAUUUUGAUUUCCCUGCGGGAGAUAGAAUCCGUGUUUAAACGACCAACAUCUGAUCCGUGCUUCUUAUUAUUUUUAUUUUUAUUUUUUUUUUUUUAUUUUAACUAGACGUAUUUUUUAUUAAACUUUCUAUCGAACGGCUGCGCGAAAGCGGUCGAGAUACCGAUUAUUUCGCGAUUGUACAUAAUAUAGAAAACGUGCACACGCGAUUGUAAUUUAUCGUCGGUGUUAAUUACUUGAGUGUCAGCUAAAAACACUAUCCGACAGAUAUACUCUCACGGAAUGUACAGGGUGUUUCUUCAGCAGCGAACGAUGAAUACUAAAACAGUGUGAAAAAUUUCUGUGUAAAAUAUCCAAGUUACAGUCAUCUUUCAAUUUUUUUUAUACUUUUCUCCAUUAUCAAUUUAACUUGUCAGCUUUUCUCGAUUUUAUAUUUUUAUCCCAAAAUAGUUUAUCCAGAUGAUGGAUUUAGAUUUUUACAUAUUUUUAUUAAUACAAUAAAUGGCUCUAACUUGGAAAGAAAUUUUUCUCCAUUGUCUUAGCGUUCUAUGUCCCUGAUUAAAAAUUAGUCCCAUACGUUAUGGAACACUCUGUAUGAUACACGUAUUAUAAUGUGUAUAUUGUGUAUUGUAUACGGGGGUACAUAUAGCCCGCACAGUUAUAUCCACGACCAAAAAGUGCCGAAACAUUUGGCGAGAAAAGAAACGGGGAGAAAAGGAUGAAACGGUAAAGAAAGAUAGAGAGAAAGAGAGUUAUAUUACAAGUGCAUAAAAGUCGCAUAAUUAAUAUAAUGCGAAAAUAGACACAUGGUAUUGACGAUACACGUGUGUAUGCAUAAAGUGAAUUAAAGAAGAAAUAAUAAUGAGAGAAUUUUUUUCAAAUCACCAUACAGCAAACACAGCUGCACCUCUUUUUUGAUUCUCCACACAAGCACUCCACAACACGAUCUUGAAUCAAACAUUCUUUUCUAGCGGUCAGAGAGAGGGAUCGCGGAUUUACCACCACUCGAGUAUAGAGAUUUUAAUGUUUGUAAGGGCAAUAACGAUUGUACAUUUUUUCGCGUACGUUGCAUAAAAGAAAAAGCAAAAAAUACUGAAUGUGUAAGUUGCAUAAAAAAGACAGAUUUUUUAGAUAUUGCACUAUAAUAUUUAUUAUUCUAAGGUAAACGAGAGACAGGGUCGCGAUUCGCCGCGCUCGCGAUACCUCGCCCCUAACCACACAGGCUUGGUCAUACAAUAUUAUUUGUGGCCACGAUUCGUGUACAAGUUGGCGAUGAAUCUGUUAUCGAUCGUCCGGAAUAAAAAUGAUAUUAAAUAUGAAUUUUUCGAUCCUAGCGAACGAUUGAACGCAGGUGAGAUAUAGAAUUUCAUUUGGCGAUCGAGGAACGUCGAGUCGCGAGCGCGGCUGCUUCGCGACGAUCAUGAAUUAAAUAUUAAUUAAUGAAGAGGCAAAGCGAAUGCAUUGUUCUUUCCAAUAAAUGAGGAAACAAGAUUUUUAGUGUUUACACUACAAUUGAUAAACGAUUCUAUUAUUACAUAAUAUUAUAUUAAUAACAAUAUUAUUACUGUAAUGUUUGUUUUUGGUUAUUAAAGUGUGUAUAUAGCAAUAUAUUCUAGAAAUUGUCAA